AUGUUUGCCCUUGCCCCUGACGUGCUGCGGACGGCUCCGCGAUGCAUCAGGAGCGAGACGCGGUACCGCUCCCGCGAUUUCAAGGCGAGGCUUCAGGAUCUUGUGGCGGCCGUCGAGAUUCCACCGGCGAAGCUGGACGCCGUCACAAAUCAAAUCGGCCUGGGUCAUGCAAAAACCUCUCGUCUCUGGGCAAACACGGCUGGUCCGUGGCUCUGGGACGGUCGGUAG